AUGGCGCAACCAGCAGCGCCCAACAACCCUUUCAUCAAACAACUAGUCCACAAUGACCGUCAAGUCCGCGACAAAGCCGUAGCCUCCNUGCGCACAUUUCUCUCCCGCAGCACCNCCUUCACCUCGCUCGACUUCUUAAAACUCUGGAAAGGCCUCUUCUACUGCAUGUGGUCCUGCGACAAGCCCGCACCCCAACGCCGCCUCGCCCUCGAUCUCUCCGCUCUUGUAUCCCUGCUCUCCACACGCGCAAACUUCAUCGGCUUCAUGCGCGCAUUCUGGCAAACAAUCGCUCGCGAAUACACCGGCAUCGACUCACUACGCAUGGAUAAAUUCCUGUUUAUGAUAAGAAGCUACGUCAAUGCUGGAUUCGCCUAUUGUGCAAAGAAUAACUGGAAAGAUGUGGAUACCAGAAAGGAGUAUUUGGAUUUGUUGAGGGAGGUUCCGUUGAAUCCUAGGGAUCCCAAGGUGCCGAAUGGAUUGAAGUAUCAUGUUAUUGAUGUCUAUGUUGAUGAGUUGGAAAAGGCGGGGGAUGACAAGGCGCCGUAUGAGGAGGUUCUGGCUCCGUUGGUUGAGUUGGGGGAGAAGGCUGUGCUGAAGAGUGUGAGGAAGAAGGUUGAGGAGGCUUUGGAUGAUGGAAGAGCAAAGGAAUGGUUGGGUAUCGAGGAGGAUGAUGAGGAGUUGAGUGAGGCUGAGGAAGAGGUUGACGAUGAGGAAGAUGAGGAUGAAGAGUUUGGCGGCUUUGACGAUUGA